GUUCAAUAGUUAACCGAUAACCAGUGGCGGACCCAGAAAUUUUAUAUAGGGGUGUCCUCUUUUAAGAAAUAAAUAAUAAUAAAAAUAAAAUUUAAUAAAUAUUAAAUAAUUCUUAAAUAAGAAAAUAGCCAAUUCUUACAAGUUAAAAAAAAGUUCAUAAGUAUUUUUCAUAUUCUGAAAAAAUUGUAAAAUACACUUGGUGUCUACACUGCUCAACAAAGUUGUCUCGGUAUAUCCUACUAGACAAUCAUUCACGAACAAAUGCAUAUUCGACUUCUAAAUUUGUUCUUGAUGUAACUCAAAGCUGAAAAGACACUUUCAACACUAGUCGUACACCCAUAAAUUAAGGGUAGCUUGUAAUUAGAUUAAUUGUUAGGUUUUGAAAAUAAUUAAAGAUAGAGACUAGGGUUUUUGAAGGAACUAUGAUUCUGCGGUAACUUGGGAUUAACGUAGCCAGAUAGAUUAGAAAGAGAUUUAGGAAUUGAGAGAAAUAAUUAGGAAUUUGAGAAGAAUAAUUGGGAAAUUGAGAUAGGAAGAAUAGAAUUGGGAAUUAGAGAUUAGGAGAAGAAGAGGGAUAAACUGAAUAGGGUUUGAUUACUGAUUUCUGACCAAAUCCAACGUAAUGACUCAAAUACAUAUUUAUAGGGAAAUAAGCCUAAAAACCUAAUGAUACCCUACUAAUCUACUUGGCACUAAUCGGCUGCCUAACCCCCUAACCACCUCAAUAUUUAUGUUUCCUACAAUUUUGCUAUUACACAAUGUUUAGAAUAGAACCACAAAAAAAAUUGUAGCCUAAUGAAAAUUAUAUUUAUUAAUAGUAGUAGUGUCCCGGGUUUGAAUUAUCCAAACUACCACUUAUAUUCCCAUGCACAAACUACAAACGAGAGUAGUAUAAUAAUUUUUUCAAUUUUUAGGGUGUCCCAGACUAUUAAUUAUAAUUUUUUUUCUAUACGUAAAUUACCACCGGAAGUUAGAUAAUCGUUUUUUCAAAAUUUAGGGGUGUCCGGGGACACCCCCAAACCUCCCUGGGUCCGCCCCUGCCGAUAACCAACUAAAAAGUUACAAUUAUAAUCUAGCCCAACCGACUAAAAUCCGGUGACUGCCCCUGUCCAAGUCACAACGCUAUACGUUACCAGGCUUGCAUUCGGCUGAAGAUCCACGUCGAUUCCAAUGCAUGCACGUAGCUUAAGACAAUACAUUACUCCACAAAUAUACUAAUUUUACACCGCUGCGUAAUUAGCUAAGGGAUAAACGUGAUUACGUUUGGAAGGGAACUCUCAGGUUUAAUUUGUAUUUUGCAAUCAACGGUCAAUAUUUUUAACAAUAAUUAACAAUCAGAAUCCCACUAAGCCAACCUUCUUAAUCAUCCCACUCCUUCCCCCCUACAAAUAAUUGGGCAAAUGUGUUGGAAGAAAUUAUCACAUACAAUAUCCCACAACACACAAAUCUAUUCCUCAGUCUAAUUGAUCAGUUAGUCGAUCGAUUCGAUUGUAAUGGCGGCCCAGAACUCUCUCCUGCUGCUAAGCUUGCUUCUGCUGCUCUCCUCGAGUCUCAGCUUGGCGUUUCGCGUGACUGGCACGGCUGGUUUCACCAAUGCUCGUUAUUCCAAGCAAGCGUGCACGGAUAGAGCACCCGCGAUCACGAUGUACACCGGAGUGAACGACAAGCUCUACGGCAACGGCGACAUAUGCGGGGCAAAGUACAGCGUUACUUGCAUCGGCGGGGUGGACGGCCAGUCGUCUCCCUGCCGGACGAGCAACCCCGUCGAGGUGACCGUCACCGACAGCUGCUCGCCGGAGGCCGAUAACAAGCCUUGCCCUACGUUUGUUCUGUCCGCCAAAGCGUUCGGAUUGAUUGCCAAUCCCCAAGCUGGGUUCGCUACCAUUACCUAUGAACGGUGAGUACGUAGUUAAGUAGUGUGGGUUUUCUACGCUUUUUUCCUCUAAAAAAAGACAGUAAAAAAAGUCCUUGUACGACUUGAACUCGGAUUCCUUCAGCUCGACGAAGUCGUUUUUAGUUUAACUUUUUUAUUGUCUCUGCAGGGUCAUAUCUUCUUGAGAUAUAUAUCUAUGCCGUUUUAUCGGUCAACAAUCGAAAAGAGAAGCUAAGGGGAGAAGUUGAUGAAGAUCGUGUAAUAAACAGUUGCCGGGCCGAUUGUAUUGCUCAAUCAUAUCGCGUCUUAGGGUUUGUUCAUGGCAACAUGUGUUAGUAUGUGACUAUGUGCUGUUAUUACUGUUGGUUUCAUCAUUUUCUUUCUGACAAUAAUGCACGGAUGUAGAAGCUGGAUCUUCUUCUUUAUGAAAAUGAGGUGGUGUUUUCUUGGGAUGAUGUUGAUUUUGUGAUGGAGAUCCCUAUAUAGCUUACUUCGUGUAGGGGUGGCUAUACGGUCUGGUCCGGUUAAAUUGGCCCAAAUUAAUCCGGUCCAGUCCGGUCUUUUUGAAAAUAUAAGGACCAAAGAUUGGAUUGGAUACAGUUCGAUCUUGAUCCGGUCCGGUCUCAAUUUGGUCUUGAUUUUACAUUGAGAUUGUGGGAUUUGAGUGGCCUAAGGCCUUAAAGGGUGAGGAGUUUGUUAAGUUUUGUACAAGUGCAAAGGUUUGUGACCGUUUAUGCAAAUUACCCUUAAGUUUUGGGUGUUGAGCUCUCUUAUCCGGUUUUUAUCCGGUUUUUACCUCAAAUCUAAGCCCAAAGAUUGAAUUGGAUUGUUUACUAUCCGGUCCCGAUCCAGUCUCGGUCCGGGUUAUACGGUCCAAUUUCCGGUUUUUAAUCCGGUCCCGAUCAAAAUAGCCACCCCUAACUUCGUGUCACUUCAACAACAAUUUCACUUUUGCAUACGGUGAAGUUUCAAAAAACGAUUCGAGACAGCAUUUACUGCUUCGCAAAUCGCAAAACGAUAAUAUAGUUGUGAUUGCUUGAUUUCAGGGUUCGAGGGUUAAUUAGUAGAAAUUAGUGGAGUCCGAGUUUGAAAAUCUGGCAUGUUUACCUAUGGUUUGUUUUGUUCAUUCAAAUACAAAUUGUCAGAUUGCUUCAUUCGUGUUCUACAAUGUUCACUACGCAAAUCUGAAAUGACCCAAACUCGGAAUUGUUCAUAGUAUUUUUGGGCGGAUUGAGAUACAACCAUGCAUGUGGCUCUAUCUGUAUAUUUCUUCUGCCCAAAACAACCAACCAUGUGGCUCUCACUAGGGGGUGGGCAGUGGGCGGGUUGGGUGGGUUUUGGUGUCAUAUCGAUCCACCCGCUUACUAGCAAGUUGGAAUAAUUGUGACUCGCAAUCCACCCACAUUUUUCUGCGGGUUGGAUGGGUGGCGGAUGGGUGCCGUUGGGUCGCGGGUCAACCCGUAAAAGCAAUUUUCCAACUAGCCAUUAAGAAAGUUGACUAACACUAAUAAUAAGUUCAUAGCAAAUUAGUAAAUCUGUAUCAAUAAUUUGUGAUUUUGAUG